UCUGAUGCCUGCACUGGUAGUAGUUCUUGUGAUGUCUUAAACCUCAUCGCAGUUGAGUGUUAGCUGCAGAAAGGAUCAGAUCUUGGCAGUGUACGCUCCUCCGUGCUAACAAAAAAAAACUGAUUUCUGAUAGACCGGUCAGUUGAGGGGCUGCUGGUUGUUUCAUUUUUCAUCACUCUGCGGUAACAGGUACACUUGCCAUGGAGGAAGAAGAUUCAUAUCUGGAUGAUUUUUUCAAGGAUGAAAACACCACAGCAGACAUCAGUUACGUCAUCACCAAUGAGACGGUGAUGUUGUGCGAGAAGACCGAAGUGAUCCGGUUUGGCGCGACGUUCAUUCCUACGUUCUACUACAUGAACUUUUUACUGAGUCUUUUGGGGAACAGUCUGGUUCUGUGCAUCAUCUACAAAUAUGAGAAGCUCAGUACGGUCACCAACAUCUUCUUGCUCAACCUGGUCGUCUCGGACCUCCUGUUCGCCUGCACCUUGCCCUUCUGGGCUGUCUACCACCGUACCGAGUGGAUAUUUGGUCCGUUCCUUUGCAAGCUGGUAGGAAGCUUGUACUCGAUCGGCUUUUCCAGCUCCAUCCUCUUCCUCACGCUCAUGACUUUUGACCGCUACCUGGCUGUUGUCCACGCCAUCACGGCCGCCCAGAGCCGCCGGAGGGUGUAUGCCUUCACCACAUCUUCCGUCGUCUGGUUUCUCAGUAUCCUUGCUAGCCUUAAAGACAUAGUCCUGUACAACGUACGGGAGAAUAAAAUGUCUGGCUGGGUGUGUGAAGAGAGUGGCUACGUCUACAAGACCAUUCGAUCAUGGCAGUUGAUGGGCUACUACCAGCAGUUCGGGCUGUUCUUCCUGCUCCCAUUGAUGAUGGUGUUCUACUGCUAUGCCCGGAUCACCAUUCGCAUCGUCUCCACACGCAUACAAGAGAAGUGCAGGGCUGUCAAGCUCAUCUUCAUCAUCAUCUUCACAUUUUUCAUCUGCUGGACACCCUACAACGUGGUCAUCCUCCUCAAGGCGCUUCGAUUGUCCUCCGGAGACAGAUCAUGCGCCGAUGACCUGGAAUAUGCCGAAUACGUCACACGUAACAUUGCUUACCUGUACUGCUGCAUCAGCCCUGUGUUCUACACCUUUGUGGGAAAGAAAUUCCAGAAUCAUUUCCUCAAACUUCUGGCUAAGCACAUACCGUGUUUGAAGAUCACCAUUCUGUCAUCUCAAAGCAGCAAAACCACAUCGUUCAGGAGUCCCAAUACUGAGUACUACUAACUGAUGAAACUUCACACAGGAAGGAUUUUACAAUUUAGCAGUUUUGAACUUCUGGAAACCGGGCCUAUGGAGCAAAAUUUAUGAAUAAUACAGUAUGCUUGUUCUGACAUAAGAAUAUUAGGAGGGUUUUUUUUUUUGUUUGUUUUUUUACUUCUGAAUACUUGGACCUUUUGAAGUUCUGAACUUCUUAUUAUGGGUUCUUCUUAGAACUUAACAUUGAAAGGUUUUGAAGCUGUAACUAUUGACAGGUUCUGAACUUCGGAAUGUCUGAAUAUUGGAAAGCUAUUAACUUAGGAAUGCUGGGGUGUUCCGAACAUCUAAAUAUGGUAGUUUCUGAAUUUUUUAAAGAUUUUGAAUUUUUGCAUAGUGAAAGGUUUUGAAAGUUUUGUAUACAGCUCAAGUCUGAUGCAGACUGUAGGGUUUAUAAAUGUAAGCAUUUUCAGUGUAUUAAAAUAAUCUUCUUGGGUCCAUCUGAACUUCUGAAAAUUGAGAAGUACUGAAUGUUUGAUUAUCGUGAGGCUUUAAACUUCUAUAUACUGGAAACUUCUGAACAUUUUAAUAUUGGGAGGGUCUGAUCAUCUGAAUAGAGGGAGGUUCUUGGUAUCUGGUUUGUCAAAAAUAUUUUGCAUGGUAUUUGUGCAUUUCAGAAAGGUCAUAAAAGUACUCAGAACAGACAAUGUGACAGAAGGAAAAGAAUAUAAGGAAGUUAAGCAAUAAGUGUUAAAUACAUCUUUGUGUCUGUGUGCAUAUGCUUUUCUUUUGUGGUUAAUUCUAGCUGUUGUGCAAAUGAGAAAUAUUAAGUAGCUUAUAAACAUGUAGCAAGAAUCUGUCUUCUGUCUGUAGCAUGAAAUGAACUAUACAGAAAUAAGAUGUAAAUAUUUAGAUUUUAAUAUUGCUGUUUUUUUUCUUUUUAUAUUGCUGAUGCUUGAAAACUGAAACAACUGAUAUAUUAAAAAAAAGCUGGAAUCUAAUUAAAGAGUCUUUGUUAGUCAUUUACUGUACAUCGGACUAGUACGUAAGAUUUUGUCUAAUGUCUGGAACAAAAAAACUUGGAUGCAUGCUCUUGUAAAAUAAUCAGCUUUAUGUGGUCAGAUAUUAUUUGUUAAGAAUUAUUUUUUCCCAUAUCUGUGAUGCAUGCAAGACUGAAGUCUUGCGUAAGUUUUUGCUAUAGGUACAAUAACGUAUUACUAGAGCCUGUUACUGUAUCACUUCCACAGCUGCAGUUAUACAGAAAAAUAAUCAGUAGCUCUUUAAUUCACAAUUUAAGCCCAGAUUACAUGCACCAAUACUACAAUGAGUUACAUUAAUGCAACCUCAGCCUUAAGAUCCAUACAUCCAUCUAGGAACCUCUGUAGUCCAGUGGUGAUUACCAUUGUAUUUAUUCCUAUUUUAUGACCGUGGUACAGUACAACCUCCGGUCAACAGCCACACGCGCAUUUACACACUCUGGGAAACGCUGAUUAGCCUG